ACAAUCUUUACUGGCGCCCCCUGGUGGUAGGCCUGACUCAGCGCUUUGGACGUUUUGCUCAGAACCGUGUAACAGGAAACGGUCUCCCUAUGACGCAUGCUCCUUAAACAGCACCUGAACAUGGCGGACAGGGAGAAGCCGUCAGAGGGGCUGCAGCUCAGUCAGGAAUGGCUGGAGGCGGCAGAUUGCAGGGCGGAGCUGCUGCAGCACCUGAAGGACCAGGUGCCGCAGAUCUUCUGCCUGAAGAAGGAGCUCAGCCCUCUGGAGGAAGAGGAGCUGACGCACAGGCGGCUCCUUCAUCCUCUGGAGUGCUUCCUGUUCGGAGAGGAUCCUCAGGAAGGUCGGCAGAAGCUGCAGCAAGGCAGCGCCUCGUCUCAGCUCUGCGGCCGCGUGUUCAAGGAGGGAGAGACUGUGUACUCCUGCAGGGACUGUGCAAUAGAUCCCACUUGUGUGCUGUGCAUGGACUGCUUCCAGGACAGUGUGCACAAAAACCAUCGCUACAAGAUGCACGCGUCAUCCGGCGGGGGGUUCUGUGACUGCGGCGACGUGGAAGCCUGGAAGGUCGGCCCGUGUUGCUCCAAACACGACCUGGGGGCUGCCGCUGCCAUGGUAACGGACGAAGCUGUUUUAGAGCCAGAAUUGUACGAACGUGCAGAGAAACUUUUCCGGGUUCUUCUGCGCUACGUUACCGACUUCCUGGUGUGGGAGGAAAACUUUGAGCUGUCAGCCGAACUCCAGCCCCGGUUAAAAGACAAUGCGUACUACUGUGUGCUGUACAACGAUGAGCAUCACUCGUACGACCACGUGAUCUACACCCUGCAGCGAUCGGUUAACUGCGAUCAGGCUGAAGCACAAACACACACAACUCUUAUUGACAAAGAGGGUCGGCGGGCGGUGAAGAGAGGAACGCUCCGUUCUUGCCAGCAAGCAAAAGAGUCCAUCAGGUCCAACUCCGAGCACAUCUCCCUUCAGCCUCUGCGUGUGGAGAUCCUUCAUGCAACAGUGAUGGCUCAUCAGUCUUUCGCUCUCCGUCUGGGUUCCUGGUUCCAGAAGAUCAUUGGUUACUCAGUCGGAUUCAGACAGGCCUUCUGCCAGGUCGCAUUAGAGCCCAAUGCAGACAGAGAUCGUCCCUGUCUCAUCAGCAGACUCAUGCUGCACGAUGCACGCAUGUAUAAAGGAGCUCGGAAGAUCGUACACGAGUUGAUUUUCGGUAGCAUGCUGAUGGAUUCUGAUUUCAAGAGGCUGUUUGCAAUCGAGUUUACAAAACACUAUAAACAGCUACAGAAGGACUUCAUCAGUGAUGACCAUGAAAGGAGUAUUUCCAUCACGGCUCUGUCUGUUCAGAUCUUCACUGUUCCAACACUAGCCAGACAGCUGAUUGAAGAGUGCAAUGUCAUCAAAGUGAUCGUUGAUACGGUCCUGGAACUGCUGCGGGAACAUCUGGAUGAGACCAAUCGCUUUUUCUUCCUGGGAUACAACUCAGACAAGUUUUCCCGGAUCCAGGUUAUCUUCCACGACCUCAGGUACAUUCUGAUCAGUAAGCCCUGUGUGUGGACAGAGGAGCUGCGAGGACAGUUUCUGGAGGGAUUCAAGAUUUUCCUUGGUUUUCUUAAAUGCAUGCAGGGAAUGGAAGAAGUGAGGCGGCAGCUUGGGCAGCAUAUCGCGGUGGAGCCAGAAUGGGAGGCUGGUUUCACCCUCCAGAUUCAGCUACGUCACAUUCUUGCCAUGUUUCAGGACUGGUGCUCAUCUGAUGAUGAGAUCAUGCUGCAGGCGUUUAAGGAGUGCCACUCGACUCUGAUCGAAUGCAACAACCAGCCUUUCCAUAAGGAGGCCACUGACUUUUACAUGUGCAAGCACAUCCUGCGUGCUCGUCCAUACAAAGUGUCACAGGAGCCUGUCAGCAUACACCUGCCCAUUUCCAGGCUACUAGCAGGUUUGUAUGUACUUAUGUGGAAAACGGGGGUGAUUGACCGUCUGGAUAAUCCCGAAUGCUACGAUCUCAUUCAGCUCGCAGAGCAUCCUCUGCGCUGCGUUGUCCUCGCCGCUCAGGUUACAGCCGAAAUGUGGCGCAGAAACGGCCUGUCGUUGGUCAGCCAAGUUUACUACUAUCAGGAUGUAAAAUGCCGGGACGAGAUGUACGAUAAAGAUAUUAUCAUGCUUCAGAUUGCUGCUUCCAAAAUGGAUCCUAACCACUUCCUCAUGCUGAUCCUGCUCAGAUUUGAGCUGUUUGACUACUUUAAUGGGAAUUCCUUGAGUAAAGACCAGGAUGAGCUGACGCAGUGGAACCGUCUGACAGAGGAGAUGCUGUUCCUGCUGAUCGCCAUCUUUGGUGAGCGCUACGUUCCCGGGAUCAGUCAUGUGACCAAAGAGGACGUGACGAUGAGGGAGGUUAUCCACCUGCUGUGCAUCGAGCCCAUGGCUCACAGCACUUUGGUGAAAAGCCUUCCAGAGAACGAAAAUCACGAAACAGGCCUGGAGGCAGUCAUUGCAAAAGUUGCAACUUUCAGAAAGCCGGGCGUGUCUGGACAUGGGUUAUAUGAGGUGAAAAAGGAGCGGCUGAUGGAUUUUAACCCUUUCUUUUACCACUACUCCAGAUCUCAGCGUAGCAAGGCAGAGGAGUCUCAGAAAAAGAGAAGAGCUCAAGAGAGUAACGAUAAAGCUCUGCGUCCUCCGGUGCCGCCAGCCUUUUCUCAGAGUUUCUCCCGGAUUGUGCAGAUCCUCUGCUGCGACGUUUUUAUCCACAUCCUGAGGUGCAUCCUGCAGAGACCCGCGGAGGACCGGUCCACACACUGGACCGAGGCCAUGAUCCAGAGGGCGCUGCAUUUGAUUGGCCAGGCUUUGGUGGAGGAGAAGACCCAGCUAGAGAGCGGCAGUGUGGAGGACGUGACCUUUGACUUCAGCCUGAAAGCCCGCACAGUUGGUUCAGAACAUGGCAAGUCGCUUUUCCUUUUAUUGUCCAAGAUCAAGUCUCUGCCCUCGCUGGAAGCGCAGAAAGAUCUGAUCAAAUGGCUGCUACAGAUGUUUGAGAUUGUGAAGUGCAUCAGAGAGAAGUCCAGUCCUACAGUUUCUGUCAGCAUGGACACAACCAAGCCAGAAGAGAGCUCUCAGGAUAAAGAAAAGGCCGAGCGGAAAAGGAAAGCGGAGGCGGCUAAACUCCACCGUCAGAAGAUCAUGGCCCAGAUGUCGGCGAUGCAGAAGAACUUCAUUGAAUCAAACAAGAUGCUUUAUGAGAACAUGCCUGAGACGGGCACACAGGAGGAGCCUGUGACAUCCUCUGAAAGCUCUGCCAUGGAGCAGAGGGAGCUGCGCAUAACCUUCGGGCCUCUCCGGGGACCCACCCCAUCUGAGAGGGAGGUGCUCACCUGCAUUCUGUGUCAGGAGGAGCAGGAGGUGCUGCCUCUGGCUCCAGCCAUGGUGCUGACCGCCUGCGUCCAAAGAUCCACCGUGUUGACGCAGUGCAGAGGGAGAAUCCCAGCGAACAGAGCAGAUGGAACAGGGACUUAUCCCCUCUUCAUGCCCCCUGACCUCGCAGUGGGAACCCACACUGGUAGCUGUGGACACGUCAUGCAUGCCACAUGUUGGCAGAAGUAUUUUGAGGCUGUUCAGAACACGACCAGAAACCGGCUCCACGCCGAGCUCAUCGUCGACCUGGAGAACGGAGAGUACUUGUGUCCUCUGUGCAAGUCUCUAUGCAACACCGUCAUCCCUCUCAUCCCCUUAGAGCCACUUAUAUUCAACUAUGAAAAUGCAGAGAUAAUAGGACAACAUUUGACGUUGCCCCGCUGGAUUCAGGUCCUCGCUGCCAGGAUUAAAGGACUGAAGUCCGUCAUGCAGGACAACGACGUCCAGAUGGACGGCGGCAGCGGCAGCAGUGGCACCACCUGCCUGUUCGGUGACGGCCAGCCGGACUUCAGAUCCAUUCUGGCCUACGGAAUUCAAGAAUCGAGAAAGUUCUCAGACGGAAUCGCCGAAAUGCUGGUGGUGUGCGCCACGACGGUCCACAGGGUGGGACUGAAGACGGCGCCCAACGAGCUCUGUCCCCGCGUUCCCCUCAUGGCCUGGAACACCUGCGCCUUCACCAUCCAGGCCAUCGAAAACAUUCUGCAGGAAGAGGACAAGCCGCUGUUUGGAUCCCUACAGAACAGACAGAUUGCAGGACUGAAGGCGAUUGUUCAGUUUGCAGCGUCACAGAGACUGAAGAGCUCCCAGGGAGUAAUCCAGAGGCACUUUGCAGACAUGAUGGGAGUGUUGCUGCCGGUUCUGAGCAGGAAGAACACGCCUUCUAUUCUGGAUGUGGACUUCUUCCAUCUCUUGGUGGGGUUGGUGUUGUCGAUUCCUUCUCUGUACCAGGAGGAAGGAAUCGACUUGCAGCCAUCUGCCGUUAGCUCCGCCUUCAACAACAUGUACAUUUUUCACCUGGUCACCAUGGCUCACAUCCUGCAGGUCCUGCUGACCUCCACAGAUUUUCCAGCUGCAGGCGAUGGAGAAGAGACAGAGGAAGCAAGAUUAGCAGCAGAGUUAUACACAACAGUGUUGCUACACACUGGAAGGCUGGUUCCUGAUUUAUCUGGUGGCUCCGUGGCUCAAAGGGUGAAGGCAGGAAUUGAACCUUUCCUGCGAAGUGCUGCUCUGUUUUUUAACUGCCUUACUGGAGUUCAUCCUCCAGAGGAGCUUUUUAGCGCUCCUGUUUCCUCUCCAGGACAGAUGGAGGCGCUGUGUAGCUACUUGGCUCUACCUUUCAAUGUAUUUCAGCUCUUCCAGGACUACAGAGACGCAGUUUCUCCUAUGCUUCAAAGGUGGUGUGGGAGCCCCUCUAUCACCAAAGCCCUGCAAGGGAAAACCCAAACCAUCAGAUAUCCGAGGAGAAGGAAUCGGUUGAUCGAUCUUCCAGAGGAUUACAGCGCUCUCCUGAACAAAGCCAGCCACUUUCAGUGUCCAAAGUCCACGGUGGACGAGAGGAAGCACCCGACGCUGUGCCUGGUCUGCGGCGCCAUGCUUUGCUCACAGAGCUCCUGCUGCCUCAGUCAGCUGGACGGGGAGGACGUGGGGGCGUGCACGGCGCACGCUGCCACCUGUGGAGCCGGAGUGGGAAUGUUUCUCAGAAUCAGAGAGUGUGAAAUUGUCCUGAUGGCCAGUAAGACGCGAGGCAGCACUUACCCCGCUCCGUACCUGGACGACUAUGGAGAAACUGACCCUCACCUUGGGAGGGGAAACCCGCUGCACCUCUGCCCCGAGCGCUACAAGAAGCUGAACCAGCUGUGGCAGCAGCACUGCAUCCUGGAGGAGAUCGCCCGCAGCCUGGAGGUCGUCAACGUCAUGUUCGCCUUCGAGUGGCAGCUGGUCUGAGCGCUUCCCCGACCCGCUGCCGCAUUUCCCCGUUCACACACACACACACACUCACACACACACACUCACGUAUUUAAAGCCUUCCUGUCAGAAGAGGCCUGACCCGUUCCAGAGCGGUGAUGACGAUGUAACCGAAGUCGCCUUGAUUCAGUCUGUUUUGCCGUGCGGAUGAGUUUCACUUGGAGUGACGUUUCGUUUGUUUUUUUGUUUCAGAUAAACUCAAAACCUUCUUAAAAACUUUGUUUUUAGUUCAUAUAUUUGAUUUCCUCUGUGUUGAAAACGUUUGAUGUUGACGGGUUUAAAUAUGGUUAUAAAUCCUAUUUAAAUCGAUUUUUCCCUCUUCUGUGUAUAGAUAAAACAUGGACCCAUCUGCUCUCAUCUUUACUCCUGUAUAGAAAACCCUCCAGUGUAACUUCACAUUCUCACUUAAAUAAUAAUGAAACCUCCCACAUGUAUUAGUUCAAAUCCUUCAGAACCUCUAGAAAAAUUUAAGUUUCUUUAAAAAUUUCCAUCAUGAAAUCCUUUCAUUUAAACCAACUGUAAGCCAAAAAGUAAGCAUGGUGUAAUUACAAUAUAUGGAAGGAACUGUUAUGAGACACUUUCCCCCGUUUUUCUUUAGUCAUGUUAACGCUCUUUACAUGAAAAGUAAUAAAGAAAUGUAAGAAAUGUACAAUUUAUUAUAUAUAUUCUAUGUGAAUAUAUACUUUCUGUUUUGUUUGACUGUACCACAUGACUUCCUGCUGUUGAAAUAAAGAGAGAUGCAAGCUGAA